CACUAAACUGGAAGCUUAAAUGUAAACAUUAUAUAACAUGUCGUAGAAUGGAAUGAAUAAAGGUUGUUUGAAAAAUCAUUCAAUUAGUUUCUUAAAUGUUGACAUACGAACUUAUCUCUUACAAUAAAUAGAAAGGUGUGUCACGUUUGAACAGAAGCGGUUUUAUCUUUGAAGAGGGUGAUUUAAAACAUAUCAAUUUUCGUUUUAAAAUGUUAUAAAAACGAAACGGAAUAUGAAGAUUUUCUUGGACAGAAAAAUGUUGUUGUUUUUUUUAAGUGCGAAUAUUUCUGACAGUUGAUCGAUUUUAUUAUAGUUUGGAUAACAGUUACAUAUUUAUGACAGUGUUUUCACAUGCGAUAAAUAAAUAUAUUGGAAGUUUACACAGUAAAACCGAAACACACAUGCCAACUGAAUGUACUAUGUCAUGUAUUCUCCGCACACGUGGAUAUCUCUGAUGCAGUAACAAUUUGCUCGAAUGUUAACAUAAAUAAAAAUGCUUUAAGCGACAAGUUUUAGUCACAGAAAAAAAGGAUAUGAACGAACAAGAACAAUCGGAAAAUGCUAUAAAACAGAAAUUAAAGGUUUCCAUGUCAAACAAAUUUUGAAAAGUUAUGGCCAUAUCUUAAAAGGUCAAUGUUUAUGGUACAUCAGUUAUCUGGACAUCAGUAAUAAGUAAGGCAAUCAUCAGUCUCAGAACAGAAGGUUUCAGUGACAGAAUGAUGAAUUAUUGAGGAUAUUUAGAUCUUAAAAUACAUACAGAAUUAUAGGAAAAAAAUCACACAUGCAGAAGUAUUAACCACAAAGGUAUGUGUUAUUGCGUUUAUUGAAAAGUAUUGACGUAUUUUGAAAGUCAAUGUUUUGUUGAAUAUGUUGAUCAGCUGGUAAACAGGAUUUACUUACGAUCCCAAAUGCACGAAUUCAUUGUGGUUGGACAUUAACCUUCUUCGAUACUGAAGAAUUUUCUUUCUUGGGACCGGCUUGGUUAUUUUGAUACAUUAACCUUUAAUGGUCGGUAGGACACUGUGAAGUGAAUAAACAUGAUAAGAGGUAAUAAAAAUGUGAUAUCAAAAUAUCGACCUCUCAGUGAAACGUAUUGAUAAAAGAAAUAGAUCGUAGUAAUUUAUGGACAUUUAUAUUUAUACUCCAACUGAAGAAUGUUGACUUAAAACGUUGAUUUCUUCGAGGACUUUAAGAAAGGAAUGGAUAUGACUUCAGAAAAUGACAGUAAUAAUAGUGAAAAAAUGCAUGAACACGUGGUAACGGGUGUUCAACAGAAAAGAUCUUUAAAAAGGAAAGAAACAGCGCGACGGAAUUUGGUAGAUUCUAUUUAUACAAGACAAUGGGAUGUGAGAUACAGUGCACCGUGUUUGUUAGGUGAACGAAUGAAACCGGAAAUUAAAUUUCCGCGACUAAAUUCAAAAGAAAGGUCUGUACGCGGUAUGGGAUAUGUUAACAUUCACAGUAAUAGUGAAAAUAAAAAAUCGCAAUAUAAACCUACAAUCAGUCCGAAUUCUUACAUAGAAAUUGCGGACGAGAGCGGACGUACGGACAGCAUAUCUAGGAAUGGUACAUAUGGAUAUACGCGUAAGUCCAGCAAUCAAAAUAUCAGUCUUCCUGAAAUUAUAAUGGAAUUUAAUCUAGAAACAAGUGUGGCUGUCAAUCAUAAUGGCGUUCGUAUGACGUCACCAUCGACGGAUUGUCACGAUGAGGACCGAGCACUUGGUGCCCCAUACGAAGAACUCCUAAACCAAACAAAGUAUAAUAAAUUUAACCCUUGUCGGUCCCGCUACCGACCAGUAACUCCAGGGCUUUUGGAAUCACUGAACAAACUAAAGGUUCCAACUAAAGUAAAAACUGAGCAGUGGAUCAGAUCAUCUCAAAGAACUCAGAAAUCUCAGCAAGGACACGUGUAUAAAACGGAAAAUAUAGAUACUACUGCAAACUGGAUUUAUGAUGAUUAGAUUAAGAAUUUGAUAUCAAUGAAUGUUUGUUAAAUAGAUAAGCGACUGUCACUUAAAUGUAAGUGUUUGGAAAAGCCGAACAAUAGUUUUAUUGAUCUAUUAAGAAAUGCGUGAUUUAUACAAUGUUCAAUUAUAUGAUAGUGAUACGAUACUAUUUAAAGGGACAUGCUUCUACAGUCCGUGGUUUAUUACACCAGCUUACAUUUUAACUGACGAGCCAUUACGGAUUUUUCUCGCUUUUUCUAGUAAUAUACAGCAUUUUAUUUCUCACGACGUACAAUAUAUACGCUGUCAUCACAAAUAUCAGUACGAAAGAUUGUCAAGGCUGGUCAAGUUAUUUUAUUGAUAUCACUUGAAUUUAUCACAUUUUAAAUUGAUCAUAUAAUAGGACAGUGGAUAGAUAUUUGUUUUCAUAAUGACACAGUGAUAGAUCCACACUGUAGAUCAGGGUAUGUUGCAAAACCCCUCGGCCUUUGACGUUUGGAUAAUACAAUAAUAUGAUAAUGAACAUUAUAUUAAGAUACUGAGAUUUUAAUCUAAUUAAUUGAUAUCGCCUUAAAAUGCGUUAUUUAUAUGAGCCGUGCCAUGAGAAAACCAACAUAGUGGGUUUGCGACCAGCAUGGAUCCAGACCAGCUUACGCAUCCGCGCAGUCUGUUCAGACUCCAUGCUGUUCGCUUUUAAAGCCUAUUGAAAUUGGAGAAACUGUUAGCGAACAGCAUGGAUCCUGACCAGACUGCGCGGAUGCGCAGGCUGGUCUGGAUCCAUGCUGGUCGCAAAGCCGCCAUGUUGGUUUUCUCAUGGCACGGCUCAUAUACAGUUGAAACGCGAUUUCUCAAACUCGCUUAUCCAAAACUUCUGGCUAUCUCGAAGAUAGUAUCAAGUCCCGUCUCGAAAACAAAUUGUAAUUUUAAGUUGAAUUCCGGUUAUCCCAAAGUAAAGAGUUCUAUCCUUUGGAAUUCGAGAAACCGAGUUUCAACUGUAUGUAUAAUCUAUGUACAAAUACAUACAUAUGGAGGAUUCGUGAGAGAUUCAUGGUGUUCAAGAAUAGCGUAUCAGCUUCUAGCUGGUAUGUAUCUUUAGUGACGAAAAUGAAUGAAUUAAGAAGCAUUUGUGUAUUUAUUAACAAACUGGUGCAAAUAAAUGGAAACGGGUGCUUAUAUUGGAGCUUUAAAUAGCUACAAUUACAAUCACAUUUAUGACGUGUUCAAAUGUAUAUGCAGCUUAUAUAUGUAAUAGUCAGAAAUUAAAAUGUUGUACAUGUAUCUAUUUCAAUAAGUGUGUCAUAAAUGUUAUCAUUAAAUUCCUUGAUAUGCA